AUGAAUCAUCUGAGCAGGAGAUACGAACCGGAUCCAGUAAGAUUCACGAGAAUGGAGGAUUAUGAAGUUUGUGAGAAGCAACUUCUCGACACUCUAACAAAUGUUGUCCAACGUCGAGAGCAUCUUAUGAGCAGCCAUUUAUCUUCGUAUGAAGCAUCUACAAUGCAACAAAGCAUCGGAGGUGCUUUUGUAAACGACGUUGUUGAGGGUUGGUUGCCUGAAAAUGGGCCCACUCAAGCCCAUCUGUUUGAUGCAUCCGCCCAUUCCAAUCAACUCAGAGAAUUAUCAUCGGCAAUGUAUGAACCAUUGUUGCAAGGAAGUAGCUCAAGUUCGAACCAAAACAACAUGAAUGAAUGCCACGUGGCGAAUCAUAACGGCGAAAUGUUCUCAGAGUGGGCUCAGGCGUAUUCAUCUCCGGGCUUGUUCGCUUCUAUGCACCAGCAUGGAGGUGUGGGUCCCAGCAUAGAGGAAAUGAUGCCAGGUCAGCAAAGUGAAAUCCCGGCGGUGACGACGGAGGCACUGGCUGAUCAUGAAGUCGCCGACUAUGAAACAAGAGUUCCCCAGCUCAGUAGCCAAUAA